AUGGCACACCUCGAAGCCCGCAAACACGUUUCCCCGGACUCGGGCUUCCCAAUCACCUUGCACCCGGGAUUCAAUGCAAAGAUCAAGGACUGGGUACCACCAGAGCCUCUUCGCGAGGAGUUUAGCCCCCAAAAAGACCGUGCGUUGUUCGCCGACCCGGAAAAGAAGGCACUCUUCUCCGUCGCGAGGCGCGUGGACUUGACCGAAUCCAUCGGCACGCUGCUGGAGAACGUGCAACUCUCGCAGCUGGACGAGAAGCAGCUCGACGAACUCGCCUUGCUGGUCACCGAGAGGGGCGUGGUGUUUUUCCGAGACCAGGACCUCACGACCGAGGGACAGUACAAGCUCUUUGAACAUUACGGGACACUUGACCGACAUCCAGCUCAAAAGGUACGUCCGCAUUUGGUGAUUAAAGGCAGCCAGGAGGACCACCGUGAGAUGUUGAAGUACACUCCUUGGCCCUCAGGAGACUGGCACGCCGACACAUCCUUUGAGAUCAACCCUCCAUCGUACUCGCUGUUGCGGAUGGAAGAGCACCCGAAAGUCGGAGGCGACACUGCAUGGAUCUCGCAGUACGGCACAUACGACGCCCUGAGCAAAGCCAUGCAGAGGUUCGUCGACGGGCUGCACGCCGUCCACACUUCGAGGCUGCAAUACGACACGAUCCUCGACCUCUGGGGCGUCGGUCCAAACCGCCCGCCCAUCGACACCCACCACCCAGCCGUCCGCACACACCCUGUCACGGGCCUGAAAGCGCUCAACGUGAACGUCGGCUUCGUGACCGGUUUCGCCGAACUCAACAAGAAGGAGUCAGACAAACUGCUCGAGUUCUUCGAAUACCAUCUGCAUUCCGCCGACGACCACUCUGUGCGCUGGAAAUGGGCCGUUGGCAGCGUGGCCAUGUGGGAUAACAGAUGUACCGCCCACCGCGUCAUCCCCGGAACGUACGACAGUCCCAGGAAGGGGAUCCGGACGACUGUCUUUGGCGAGAAGCCCUAUUUCGACCCUGCAAGCCAGAGCCGUCUCGAACGCCAGCAGCAGCAGCGUGCCCAAAACGCGACGCAAAACGGUGCCGCAGGUGGUGCUACGACGAAUGGGAAUGGAGUAGGCGACGCUCAAACUCUGAGCACGCCUGCGUGA